CGUGAGGCAGCAGCAGGCUGCAGCAUCUUGGCUAGCUGGGUUUAUCAAGACUCCACAGAUACCUGAUGAUUACCGCUACGCUGCUGGGUAGUUGAAAUUAUUUUUGGAUUUUGAGAUGAUAUCGUUGCGUCGCUAGCUAGCUGCCAAAAGGAGUAAUGAAGAGGACCAGCAUGUAGACAGACUGCAGACGGAGACAGAAGACAGAAGAAGCAGAAUGUAGAUUGACUCACAGUAACAGAAGAACAGAAGGGAUCGUUAUUCUCCUGUGGAUCUACGCUGCUCCUCUCGCGGCUCCUCUCCUUGCUGGUCUCACUGGUCUAGCUGGCUUCCCUUAGUGUUUUCUGGAUGGUCAUACGGUCGUAUGGUCUUCUCUCCACACCGUCGCUCACUGAGGGAUCUUAGCCUGUCUCUGUAUCUCAAACUGAGGACUGGAUUUAGAUUUUUCUUCCUCUGUCUGUCGGCGGGCAUUCAUCCCUCUCUCUCUCUCUCUCUCUCUCUCUCUCUCUCUCUCUAUCUCUCAACCCACACAACCCGUAAAGUUUCGUUUGUGGUUUGCACUCCUUCUUCGUCGAGCCACUGAGCAAUACUAGCUAAGUCAGUCACCAUGGGGGACCUGACGAACAGCGAUUACUACGCCAAGACCCAAAGAAACGACGGCAGCAGUAACCAUGAGGGGGGCUUUGGGGUCUCGGUCAUGGAGCUGCGCGGCCUCAUGGAGCUGAGAGGCGGCGAGGCGGUGGUUAAGAUCCAGGAGGACUAUGGGGACAUGGACGGGCUCUGUCAACGGCUCAAAACAUCACCCACAGAAGGCUUAACAGGAGAUGUAACUGAUCUAGAUAAGAGGAAAGAAGUGUACGGGGAAAACCUUAUACCUCCAAAGAAGCCAAAAACCUUCCUCCAGUUAGUAUGGGAGGCCCUGCAGGACGUGACUCUGAUCAUCCUGGAGGUGGCCGCCUUGAUCUCUCUGGGGCUGUCCUUCUACCAGCCUCCGGGAGGGGACAGCGGAGAAUCCUGUGGGACAGCGGCGGCGGGCGCGGAGGACGAGGGUGAGGCUGAGGCCGGCUGGAUAGAGGGAGCAGCCAUCUUACUGUCUGUAGUGUGUGUUGUGCUGGUGACAGCCUUCAACGACUGGAGCAAGGAGAAGCAGUUCAGAGGGCUGCAGAGCCGCAUCGAGCAGGAGCAGAAGUUCCAGGUGGUCAGAGGUGCUGAGGUCAUCCAGCUCCCCGUGGCUGACAUCGUGGUCGGGGACAUCGCACAAAUCAAGUAUGGUGACCUGCUUCCAGCGGAUGGAGUGUUGAUACAGGGCAACGAUCUGAAGAUUGAUGAGAGUUCACUAACAGGAGAGUCUGAUCACGUCAAGAAAGACGCCGACAGGGAUCCCAUGCUGCUGUCUGGAACCCAUGUGAUGGAGGGUUCAGGCAGGAUGCUGGUGACAGCUGUGGGGGUCAACUCCCAGACCGGCAUCAUCUUCACCCUGCUGGGGGCCGGAGAAGAAGGGGAGGAGGAGAAGGAGAAGGAGAAGAAAGACUGCCCCCAUCCCUCUGUCCACCCCAUCGCAACCAUAGCCACCGAUGGUGCUGCAGGCGGUAUUGCACUUGGCAAUGCCAGCCUAGUCAAUGGUAAAAUGCAGGAUGGGAAUAUGGAGAACAACCAGACUAAAGUGAAGAAGCAGGACGGGGCGGCUGCCAUGGAGAUGCAGCCUCUGAAGAGCGCGGAGGGAGGAGAGAUGGAGGAGAAGGAGAAGAAGAAAGCAAACGUCUCCAAAAAAGAGAAGUCUGUCCUCCAGGGGAAACUGACCAAGCUAGCUGUUCAGAUCGGCAAAGCAGGUCUGGUGAUGUCAGCCAUCACAGUGAUCAUCCUCGUGCUGUACUUCGCUGUGGACAACUUUGUCCUGCAGAAGAGGCCGUGGCUGACGGAGUGCACCCCCAUCUAUGUCCAGUACUUUGUCAAGUUCUUCAUCAUCGGUGUCACCGUGCUGGUGGUGGCUGUGCCUGAGGGUCUGCCCCUGGCCGUCACCAUCUCCCUGGCCUACUCUGUCAAGAAAAUGAUGAAAGAUAAUAAUCUGGUCCGCCACCUGGAUGCAUGUGAGACGAUGGGUAAUGCUACGGCUAUCUGCUCCGACAAGACUGGCACGUUGACCACCAACCGCAUGACGGCCGUGGCGUGUUACGUGGGGGAUGUCCACUACAAGGAGAUACCGGACCCUGGACUUCUGUCUGUCAAGUCUCUGGAUAUCCUUGUCAACGCCAUCUCCCUCAACAGCGCCUACACCACCAAGAUACUGCCUGCCACCAAGGAGGGUGGUCUGCCCAUGCAGGUGGGCAACAAGACAGAGUGUGGCCUUCUGGGCCUGGUGCUGGACCUGAAGAGAGACUACCAGCCCGUCCGCAACCAGAUCCCAGAGGAGAAACUCUACAAGGUGUACACCUUUAACUCGGUCAGGAAGUCUAUGUCCACGGUCAUCAAACUACCAGACGGCUCAUUCAGGAUGUACAGCAAAGGAGCCUCCGAGAUCGUCCUCAAAAAGUGCACUAAGAUCCUGAACCAGGAAGGCGAGCCACGGGUGUUCCGUCCCCGGGACAAGGACGAGAUGGUAAAGAAGGUGAUCGAGCCGAUGGCGUGUGAUGGGCUGCGGACCAUCUGCGUGGCAUUCCGUGACUUUCCUGCCGACCCAGAACCCCUCUGGGACAAUGAGAGCGACAUCCUCAAUGAGCUGACGGCCGUCUGCGUGGUUGGCAUAGAGGACCCCGUCAGGCCAGAGGUGCCUGCUGCCAUUGUCCGUUGCCAGCGUGCGGGCAUCACAGUGCGCAUGGUGACAGGUGACAACAUUAACACGGCCAGGGCCAUCGCCAUCAAGUGUGGCAUCAUCCACCCUGGAGAAGACUUCCUGUGUAUCGACGGCAAGGAGUUCAACAGGAGGAUCCGCAACGAGAAGGGAGAGGUUGAGCAGGAGCGCAUGGACAAGGUGUGGCCUAAACUGCGAGUCCUGGCUAGAUCCUCCCCUACUGACAAACACACACUGGUUAAAGGCAUCAUAGACAGCUGCUUGACAGAGCAGAGACAGGUGGUGGCAGUGACAGGAGACGGGACAAACGAUGGACCAGCCCUGAAGAAGGCUGACGUGGGCUUUGCCAUGGGCAUAGCCGGUACGGACGUGGCCAAGGAGGCGUCUGACAUCAUAUUAACGGACGACAACUUCAGUAGUAUAGUGAAGGCUGUGAUGUGGGGGAGGAACGUCUACGACAGCAUCUCCAAGUUCCUCCAGUUCCAGCUGACUGUCAACGUGGUGGCUGUCAUAGUGGCCUUCACUGGGGCCUGCAUCACACAGGAUUCUCCUCUAAAGGCGGUCCAGAUGCUGUGGGUGAACCUGAUAAUGGACACAUUUGCGUCCCUGGCCCUGGCGACUGAGCCCCCCACCGAGGCCCUGCUGAUGAGGAAGCCUUACGGCCGCAACAAACCGCUGAUCUCCAGCACCAUGACCAAGAACAUCCUGGGACACGGCAUCUACCAGCUGGUGAUCAUCUUCUCCCUGCUGUUCGUCGGUGAGCAGAUCUUUGACAUAGACAGUGGUCGUAACGCUCCGCUCCACUCCCCUCCGUCAGAACACUACACCAUCAUUUUCAACACCUUCGUCCUCAUGCAACUCUUCAACGAGAUCAACGCCAGGAAGAUCCACGGAGAGAGGAACGUCUUCGACGGAAUCUUCAGGAACCCCAUCUUCUGCUCCAUCGUCUUCGGAACAUUCGCUAUCCAGAUUGUGAUCGUGCAGUUUGGAGGGAAGCCGUUCAGUUGUACUCCUCUGAACUUGGAAAAGUGGGGCUGGUGUACCUUCCUGGGACUAGGAGAGUUAGUCUGGGGACAGGUGAUCGCCACUAUCCCUAACAGCAAGCUACGGUUCCUGCGAGGGGCGGGCCAGCUGACCAAGAAGAACGAGAUGCCUGGGGACGAAGACAUGAGCGAGGACAAUGAGGAGAUUGACCACGCGGAGAGAGAGCUGCGACGCGGACAGGUCCUCUGGUUCAGGGGGCUCAACCGCAUUCAGACUCAGAUCGAUGUGGUGAACACGUUCAAGAGCGGCAGUUCCUAUCAGGGCCAGCUGCGGAGACAGUCCUCCACCACCAGUCAGAACCAGGAUAUUCGUGUCGUGAACGCAUUCCGUAGCUCCCUCUACGAAGGCUUGGAAAAACCCGACUCUAGACCGUCCAUCCAUAACUUCAUGACCCACCCAGAGUUUAGGAUAGAAGACACCACCACGCCCCACAUCCCCCUGAUAGACGACACGGACCUGGAAGAGGACCCUGCGUUGAGGAUGACCCCCCAGUCCCAGGCAGGCAGCGAGCCCCAGUCCCCCAACAAGAACAACAACGCCGUCGACAGCGGCAUCAACCUCACCAUCGACACCACCAGUAAAUCAGCUGCUUCCUCCAGCCCAGCCAGCCCCCUGCACAGUCUGGAGACCUCCCUCUAGUGGCCUGCAGCCUUGACACCUCUGGCAGCACCUUCUGACAGCCUGGCUGGUGGAGACCUCCGUCUGCAAUCUGGAGACCUCCUUCACUGCCGCUUGGAGAUCUCCUCAACUGCAGCCUGGUGGCUCCCACACCGCAGUUUGGAGACUUCCGUCUUUCAGUCUCUUGGAGACCUCCUUUGUCUGCAGUUUGGAGACCUUCCUCUAGCCCCAGUCUGUCUCCUACUGUCUCCUCCUGUCUCCUCCUGCUGUCUCCUGCUGUCUCCUCCUGUCUCCUCCUGUCUCCUGCUG